AUGCCGGUACCCUACGAUACCGAGCGAGUCUCCCUUCACAGGGACGAGGUCCGUCCUCGUGUCCACGAUUCUGGCGGCAGUCUCACCCAGCAGGCGAGCGAGGCCACGCGUCGUAGCAAAGAGCUAAUCGAGAAGGGAGAAGAGCUAGUCGAGAUGGGCCGCGAGCUGGCCUCCCUCGAACUGGCGCCCCAUGAGCCACCUCCAUGCGAGCCGGAUAUGAGCAGUUCCACCUUUUCAAGCGGCCGACUCGAGCUGCCGUUCGAGCAAAGCGGUACGGCGGAUACAUCCCAAGCACUGGGCCCAGAUGCACAAGAGGCGAGCGGGCAUCUGAGCGGGGCAACAGGUCGACACACCAUGGCUGUAUCUGCACCGAUGGUAGCUCACUCAGAUGCCGUCGAUGCGACCCAGCCAUACACGCCACCGACCCAAGGCCCAGCGCGCGCGCUCACUCUACCUCACGGAGGACCGUCCCACUCACUCUACGGCCUGAAGACCAAUCUUCCCUUCGGAGCGUCGACUAUUCCUCGACAGCACGAAACCGACAAUUAUCAGCAGCUCCGUCGUGACCACAAACGUCGGCUCAAGCAUCGGGUUUGCGAUGCGGAGGAGGAGCCCGGAGAUCAGAGAGCGGAGGAGGACCCCGGAUAUCAGAUAGCGGAGGAUUAG